GCUCGACGUUAUUACAUCUUUGAACACUCAGAGUAGACGAUGCCGGAACCUUCACAGAAGUCAGCGGCCAAGAAGGGCUCGAAGAAGGCGGUGGCCAAGACCGCCGGCAAGGGCGGCAAGAAGAGGAGAAAGACCCGCAAGGAGAGCUACGCCAUCUACGUGUACAAGGUGCUGAAGCAGGUGCACCCCGACACCGGCAUCUCCUCCAAGGCCAUGGGCAUCAUGAACUCGUUCGUGAGCGACAUCUUCGAGCGCAUCGCCGGCGAGGCCUCCCGCCUGGCGCACUACAACAAGCGCUCCACCAUCACCUCCAGGGAGAUCCAGACCGCCGUGCGCCUGCUGCUGCCCGGCGAGCUGGCCAAACACGCCGUGUCCGAGGGCACCAAGGCCGUGACCAAGUACACCAGCUCCAAGUAACUGACGCUCCAACCACCGACCAACGGCUCUUUUAAGAGACACACACUCCGCCAGAGAGACUCAACCGUCCUGAUAUGAAUCAUCAUUUAAGUGUCACUGUACUCGACUGUCGUCUGAUGGUUUGAACUGUCAAGGACCGUUUCAUCCCCUCUGCCGUUGAGGCCCGGGACUCCCACUGACUCCCACUGACUCCCACUGACUCCCACUGACUCCCACCUCCCUUCCCCAUGGACUUCACACGUUAUAUUGACGUAAUCCACCACACACGUAAUCACCUGUCACCCCGAUAUUUAUUGUAAAUAGUGGAUUUUAUUUCAGUUGAUCUUAUUCCACGUUAUUUGUCUAACUCAGUGUUUACAUGUUAACUGCUACAUGCACAUAACAAUUUCCUCUUAUGUAACCUUAACUGAUUCAGGAGAAUUCUGAUGUAAUAAUACAAUUAUAUAAAUACUGAACACUCUGUUUCUUAACGUCACAAUAAAGACUGAAAUAUGAAAUGUGAA